UUUCUGCAGUGCAGCGGCUCUUAUUGGCUGGGUUUCGGGGGUCCCAGCCAAUCCGGUCGGGGGGUCGUGUUUUACCUGGCCUGGGACCCUAGAGACUCAGAAGCGAGGGGCACCCAGGACGGAGCCACAAGCACAGGCGACCCCGUGACGCGCUGUCAUUAGUUUGGAGCUGCCGCCUCGGUAGAUGUUUGGCUCUGAGAAGCCCACCAGUGGGCGAUGGCGUACACCGCCCUUCGACCCGCGCUUCCCCAACCAGAACCAGACCCGCAACUGCUACCAGAACUUCCUGGGUGAGCCCUCGCCGGCAGACUACCAUCGCUGCUUUAAGAAAAUGAACCUCCGCGGGAAGAGCACGCAGCCCUGCGAGUAUUACUUCCGCGUGUUCCACUCGCUGUGCCCCAUGAGCUGGGUGCAGCGCUGGACCGAGCAGAUCAGGGACGAGACCUUCGCAGGCAAAAUCUGACUACCUGAGCUCUGCUUCUCCGGGGCAUCAGCCCCAGCGGCCCCAUCUACUCGUCUCGCGGAGACCCGGCCCCAGCCUCCCACUCCGUCUCUAAGCCACAAAUAAAGCUAUGUUGUUGCCGCUGUUU